CUCUAUUACCCUCCUGCGGCUAUGCCCCGAGGCAUAACAAUUUUUUUAAAGUUGCCAGGUAUUUUUCUUGACCAGAUCAUAGACCAGAUAUAGAUCAGGCUAGGCUGCGCUGAUAUCAUUAUGGCAGAUGGAGAUCAAUCAUCAGGCACAGCUAAAGCUAGUGUGCUUGAGGGUGAAGUUAAAAGCAAAAAUGGAAGGACAACUGGGGUGAUAUAUGACAGGCGUAUGCUCAAACAUUUCAAUGAGUUGAACCCCAAUCAUCCUGAGACUCCUGAGCGGAUUGAGCAUACUUGGAAUGAUUUGGAGUCUCUGGGGUUACUCCAGCAAUGCACACAACUGGAAGCAAGGGAGGCUACCAAAGAAGAGAUAUUGUUGGUCCACCAUGAGGAGCACUACCAACUUCUGUCUACUUGUGAGAAUCUGAGUAAAGAAGACCUGUUGGCACUCAGUGGCGCUUACAGCUCUGUCUACCUCAACAAUUUUUCAUUUGAAGUUGCUAAGUUGGCUGCUGGAUGUGUGUUGGAGUUGACUCAGCAAGUUGUAGCUGGAAAUGUGGACAAUGGCUUUGCUCUUGUUAGACCUCCUGGUCAUCAUGCUGAGUUUGUCUGUGCUAUGGGGUUCUCACUCUUCAACAAUGUCGCCAUGGCAGCAAAAUACGCUGUGGAAAAACUUGGUCUAAAGCGUGUUCUGAUAGUGGACUGGGAUGUGCAUCAUGGCAAUGGGACUCAGAAUAUGUGUUAUGAUGACAAAAGAAUAUUGUAUGCUUCCCUCCAUCGCUAUGACUACGGCUAUUUUUACCCGUGUCGUAAAGAAGCAGGCCCCACGUACACUGGGGGUGACAAUGCCCCUGGCUCCAAUGUCAACGUAGCAUGGAAUGGGGACAUGAUGGGUGACUCAGAGUACCUGGCUGCAUUCCAUCAUAUUAUCAUGCCCAUCGCUUGUGAGUUUGGCCCAGAGCUGGUACUGGUAUCGUGUGGGUUUGACGCAGCGGAGGGGGACCCUCUUGGAGGUUACUCUGUCACCCCAGCUGGUUAUGCUCACAUGACCCACUUGCUAAUGUCACUAGCUCAGGGGAAACUGGUAUUUGCUCUUGAGGGUGGCUACAAUCUCGCAAGUAUCUCAAAGUCCACCAGUCAGAUAAUCUCUACCAUCAUGGGAAAAUUCCCCCUGCCCCUCCCACCAAAUGCAUCGCCUUGUGAGAGUGCAUUGCGUAGCAUCCUGGAGACAGGAAGAGCCCACUCUGCCCACUGGAAAACCAUGAGAAUUUUCGAUGAGCAAGUCUCUGAUGAGUCCAGUCCACCUCCCUUAACUCCUCCGACUCAUGAUAUAACCGAGGAGUUUGGAAGAGGAGGACCCCAUCAUACUAUUGAAGCAGUAAAGAAAAAGUUGAAAGUGCAGGGAAGAGACGAAUCAUCUGAGCUAACAGAUUUACCUGAGGCUGUGGAGGACAAGAAUGAGACGGAAUCACCUGUUGGAGCUUCUGUGACUGGGGCAAGCAAGGACACAAUUACAAGGGAUGAGAUUUUUGGAGUAAUGGAAGAAUUUGGUCAUACUGAGUUGUUCGCAGUGACCCCGCUCCCCUGGUGCAGGCAUCUGUCUAUCGGUGUGAGACCCCUCCCAUCAGAGGGUAUUGAUGCUAGUGCGUGUUGUGAGAAGUGCUCGGUCAAGCAAGAACCCUGGGUCUGCCUCACCUGUUACCAUGUAUACUGUGGACGUUACAUCAAUGAGCACAUGGUCCAACAUAAUGAGCAAUCAGGACACUGUGUUGCGUUGUCACUGGCUGAUAUCUCAGCAUGGUGUUUCAAGUGUGACAGCUAUAUAGACAACCCGGUGCUCAAUCCAGCCAAAAACUCUGCUCAUCUCAGUAAAUUUGGCACAACGAGACCUGGACCUUCAAUGUGAUGGCCAUUGGAUAAUGACAUUUAAAUAAUGUGGUCAAGUUUUUAUGCGUGUGUGUGUGUUGUGUUGUGUGACUAUAAACAUUGUAUGUUUUCUUUCAGUUUAUAACAAUUUCAAUUUCAGUU